AUGGACGCGGCAUUGAGCGAGGCCCUGCGACGGGGCAACCCGGUAGUAUUUUUUGACAUCUCCAUCGGGGGUGUACCCGUCGGCCGUCUGCGUCUAGAGCUGUUCAAGAAGGACUGCCCGCGCACAGUCGAGAACUUUAGAAAGUUCUGCACAGGGGAAUACAGGAAAUCAGAGCUGCCGGUGGGCUACAAAGGCUCUACGUUCCAUCGCGUGAUCAAGGACUUUAUGGUGCAGGGCGGCGACUUCCUAAAGGGCGACGGCACUGGUCGAAUCAGCAUCUACGGCGACAAGUUUGACGACGAGAACUUCAUGCACAAGCACACGGAGCCUGGAUUGCUGUCAAUGGCCAACAGCGGGCCCGGAUCGAACGGCUGCCAGUUUUUCCUCACGUGUGCGUCGUGCGACUGGCUGGACGGCAAGCACGUGGUCUUUGGCAAAGUGCUGGACCCAGCGUCGCUGCUUCUGCUACGCAAGAUGGAGAGUGUCCCAGUAGGACCUAAUAGCAAGCCCAAGCUCGGCAUCACUAUCACUGAGUGUGGAGAGCUCUAG